AUGGCAAAGGGAGGCUACUAUGCUGUCGCAAACGGUCGUAAAGUCGGUAUAUUUGGUUCGUGGGAUGAGUGUCGUGCGCAAGUUAACGGGUAUCCUCAAGCAAGAUAUAAGAAAUUCGUAACUGUAAGCGAAGCCCUCGCGUUCAUCGACAACUACAGGCUAGGGUGUACCUCCGGAAGCACUUCGUCGAUUUCACGUGCAAGCAGCGAAGAUGGAGAGAAUAAGAAUACUUCGAGAAAAAGGAAGUGCUCCGUAGAAUCGUCAUCUGUUGCCUCUACUUCAGAACUCCCUAAGCGGUUGAAGAAUUGUGAUCCUGAAGUAUGGCGAGACGCCCCAGUAGUUUAUACCGAUGGUGCUUGUAGUAACAAUGGAAGAUGUGAAGCUAAGGCUGGCUUUGGUGUAUUUUGGGGAAAAAAUCACGUUGAUAAUUUAUAUGGACCAGUUUUGGGUGCUCCUACUAAUAAUAGAGGAGAGUUACAAGCUGUAGAUCAAGCAUUAAAACAGGCUAUCAAUAAAAAGUUACCUGCAAUAGUAUUGCGUACUGAUUCUAAACUUCUUAUCAACUCCUUAGACAAUUACAUGGAUAAGUGGAAGAGAAAUUCUUGGAAAACGUAUGAUGGCAAAGAUGUAUUAAAUCAGGAUUUGCUGCGAUCUAUUGAUGAAAGUACUCGUAAAAUCCUUGUAAAAUUUGAAUAUGUUCCUGGACAUAGUGGUGAUUUCGGGAACGACGCUGCAGAUGAACUAGCAAGACGUGGAGCACAGAUGUAUUCAGCGCAGAGAUCAAUGUAG